AUGUCUGAUCAUAAUUUGAAGUCGUCGGAGCAACCAUCCGAAUGUGAGCCCAAGAAGGAAGACAAUGCUGAGGAAACUAAGCCCAUCUUGACGACUUUAACCAGUUUGGUGCCGCCGCACCUCGAUGUGAAGGAUGAUUUCGACAAUUCGGACAAUGAUGAAAGCGGCGAACCAAGAGUCAAGCGACAGAAACUAAUUUGCUGGCUGGAACUGUGCGAUAAACCGCCUAGCUGGCAUGGGAUUAAUCCGGAGUCAGAUGACGAAGAGGAGGACAGCGACGACGAGGGGGAAGAGGAGGAGGAGGAAUGUGAUGACGAUGACGAUGAUCGUGGCGACAUUCAGCAAGAGGAACUCAAUAUUUCAAUUGUCCUUUCGGACGAUUCGGAGGAUGAGGAUUAG